CAGGAUGGAAAUUCAGAGGCCACGAGCACACGAGCCCAGCCGGAAAAUACCAAAUUUCAGAGUUCGCCGGCUCGCCGCUGCCGCCAGCCCGACCAAUGGAGCUCACCGUCGUGCCCUCCAUCUCCCUCUCCCCGCUCCGCGCCCUCCCUCUCCCCACCAGGAGGGCGGCGCGGCGGCCGGCCUUCGCCUGCCGCUGCAGCUGCUCCCCGGACGCGUCCCAAGGGGCCACCCGGCGGUGGUUCGCCUCCCUCCUCACCGCCGCCGCAGCGGUCGGAGUUGGCGUGGCCGGAGGGGAAGCCGGCGCGGUGUCCACCAGCAGGAGGGCGCUCAGGGCGUCCAAGAUUCCGGAGAGUGAGUUCACCAGCCUGCCCAAUGGCCUCAAGUACUAUGACAUCAAGGUAGGAAGUGGGGCUAAAGCUGUUAAAGGAUCCCGUGUCGCGGUACAUUAUGUGGCCAAGUGGAAGGGCAUAACAUUCAUGACAAGCAGGCAGGGUCUCGGUGUUGGUGGUGGAACGCCAUACGGUUUUGAUGUUGGCAAUUCUGAGAGAGGCAAUGUUUUAAAAGGACUGGAUCUUGGGGUUGAGGGGAUGAAAGUUGGAGGACAGAGGUUGAUCAUCGUUCCUCCUGAACUGGCGUAUGGAAAGAAAGGUGUCCAAGAAAUUCCUCCAAAUGCAACUAUUGAGCUGGAUGUUGAGCUACUAUCAAUCAAGCAGAGUCCAUUCGGGACUCCUGUGAAGAUUGUCGAAGGAUAACUGUGCAUAGCUUUCUGAAGAGAAUGGUACAUGUGUGUGUGGUCAGGAGAGUGUUGCUCCUGGAAAAAGGCUAGUUUACCAAAAUAUGCUGGUGGUAUUGCAUUGAUAGUGGCAUGUGCACUCGUGUAAGAUUUUGAACUUUAUUGAAAUAUAGAAUUCUUUUCUGCUUA